AUGGAUGUAUUGUCGAUACAAAUAGUGGGGUCCUAUUUCAAAGAGUUGAGAGACAUUGAGAGGUAUGUGAUGGUAAGUAGAAAGUAUGGGAGAAGUGUGAGAACAAGUAAAUAUCCUAGUCUAAUCCCAUAUAGUAAAGAAUUUAAAGAAGUAUUUCCAAUGGUGACUUCAGUGAUAAUAAACAACCGGAGUAUUGAGAGAAUGGGUGAACUAAUAUGGCAAGAAGGUCUAGAGGGAAUCAGAGGGAUAGAGAUUGAGAUAGACGAAGAAACACCAGAAGAGGCUAUUUGCAUAGGACCAGAAAUAUUUGGGAAGAUACAAGGAAUAAGCAUUAAAAAGGGAAGACGUACAAGGAAUGUAUAUUUAAUAAUGAAUGAAAUAGGGAUGUUUAGUAAUUUACGACGAUUAGAAAUAGGAAGUGAGUUGGUCAUGUGGAAAAAUGAUGGAGAAAGAAGAACUGAAGAAGAAAUUGGGGAGAUGAUUGGUAGGUCAUAUCUAAAGAUGAUAAUCAUACACCAUUUUGAUAUAGUAGAACAUGAAAUCAUUAAAGAGGUAAUAGGAAGGUGGCGGGGUCAAGGCAUUUGUUAUUUAAAGAAAGGAAUAGAGUCAGGGAUUGUACAGAAAAACAUAGCAAAUACACCACGAAAUAUGCUUUAUUUUUUAACAAAUAAAAAAAUAACUGAUGAAGAUGUAAAGUUAUUAUCAACACAAAUAGUCUUAUAUAAGAAAGUAAUUAAAGGAAUAACAAUGACCAAACCUACAAAAGAGAUUGCACAAUGGAGGUCAAUCUUUGUGUUAUAUGGGAUUACUUGUUUUGGAAUAGGAAAUUGUACAGCAGACAAAGGGCAUAAAAUUUUUUUUAAGUUACCAUUGAUAAAAAAGGUAGAGUUAAAAGGUGAGUUAAUUCAACGACCUUGGUUCUUCCAGUCUCUUGAAAGUCUUAGGUUUAAAGAAGAAAUAGAAGGAGGAAGAGAAAAACGAAGUAAAAUGAUUUGGACAUAUGACAUAUUUCAGACUCUGAGAAGAAUGAAAUUGUAUUGUAGUAUUGAAACAAUGAUAUCAAUUAAAUUACCAAGUGGAUUAGAAAGUCUCAAAGUAGUUUUUCAAGGAGAGGGAAGAUUAGAGGAUGAAUGGAGACUAGAACAGAUACAACUAAAAGAAUUAAAGAUGAGCAAUCUUGAUAAGGAAGCACCUAUUUAUCUUCCAAGUACCUUAGAAAGGAUAGGUAUCAAGAAUAUAAAGGACAAAUACUAUGAUCUAUAUAGACUCUAUGAGUAUAAAGAAUUAAAAAGAAUUAAGGUUAAGGAAUGUAAUGACAUGCAACGAUUGUUAAUACCUGAUAAAGUUGAAGAAAUCAUUGUCAAAGGAUGCAAUAAACUUGAAGAAAUAUAUAAGAUAGAAGAGAAGAAGGAAAUAAGAAAAAUGAAAAUAGUAGAUUGUCGAAAGUUAAAAAUUAAGGGAAUCCCAGACAAGGUAGAAGAAUUAACUAUAAGAUAUUGUGAUAGUAUAAGGAAAGUGGAGGUCAAAGGAAGAAAGGAGAUGAGUCAUGUUGAAAUAAGUAGCAGACUAGAGGAGUUGACAAUCAUGGCAAAGGUUAAAGGGUUAAUACUAAGAAUGCCGAAGGAAGGGAUUGAUGAGGAUAAAAGUUAUAUUAAUGUAGAAGGAGAAAUGAGAAGUAUGGAAAUCGAGUGGGAUAAGAAAAAUAUAAAAUAUCCACAAAGAAUUAAAGAACUAAGAAUUAAAGGAAUAGAGGGAAUGGAGAAUUUUGAAGGGCUUCCUGACAAGAACCUCCGAACUCUAGUGAUUAACAAUGUAAGUGCAAGACAAGGGAUAAGUAUUCCAACUAGUUUAGUAGAACUUCAAAUAGAAAAUUCUAAAAUCGGGAAUUUGUAUUCCUUGAAAAAUUGCCACUACUUAACAUCAAUAGAAAUGCAAAACUGUGAGGAUAUUAGUACAAUUUCAAUCCCGUAUAAUGUUUUAAUGAUCAAAUUAAAGACUUUACCAUCAUUAACAGGAUUAAUUCAUAUACCAAAUUCGCAACUCAAAUCAAUGGAAAUAGAAAAUUGUACAUCAAUUGAAGUCUUACAAACACCGUUUUCAUUGAAGACACUAAUAUGUAAAUCUUGUUAUAACCUAGGAACAUUUUUAAAUCUAAACAUCACAAAAAUUGUAUACUUCGAGUUAUCAAAUAACUCAAAGAUCAAAGUAAUCAACCUUCCACUCACUGUUUGUUAUCUUUCGAUCAAUGCAUGUUAUUGUCUUAGUUCAAUAGCUGGGUUAGAUUCAUUAUAUACAUGCUAUUACUUACGUAUUACACAUUGUCCCACAUUAACUACUUGUACAAUUCCACAAACUGUUAGGCUUUUUGAGAUCAGCCAGAACGCUUUUGAAAUUGCUUAUUGA